UGAGUAGACUGAGUGAUGACUGAUGGCUGGAGACGCUACAGUGUUACUGCUGGACGUUGAGCUGUGAUUACCUAUUUUUUGUAAAGAUAGUCCCGAGCCUGUUUAAAGUUUCUGUUCGUCUCUACUACCAUCGCAGUCUUCCAAUACUCAAUCGAAUUCUACCAUACGCUAGUGUAAAACAAAAUGGCACUGAAAGCGAUUGUUGGGCAGAAAAUUAUGGACGAAGUGAUUAAACGGAAAGAAUCGAAAAAGGGUACUGUCGAAAAACUGAUCGAAUGGCGGGUACUAGUGGUCGACCAGCUGGCGAUGAGAAUGAUAUCUUCGUGUUGCAAGAUGCAUGACAUAUCGGAUGAACGGAUCACUCUUGUGGAAGACCUGCACUUAAACCGCGAGCCAUUGCCUACAAUGGACGCCGUUUAUUUGAUCACUCCUUGUGAAAAGUCCAUCUCCACACUCAUCAGAGACUUCUCCAGUCCGGGGAAAUCUAUGUACAAAAAUGCUCAUGUAUUCUUCACCGAAGUGUGUCAAGAAGAACUCUUCAAUGAACUGUGCAAUUCAAUUGCUGCCAAAAAAAUUAAAACUCUCAAAGAGAUAAACAUCGCUUUCCUACCAUAUGAAAGUCAGGUGUUUUCUUUGGACUCCCGGGAAACAUUUCAAUGUUACUAUAAUCCAUUACUAGUAAGCAGUCGUAUCCCAAACAUGGAACGUAUUGCAGAACAGAUUGCUACGGUGUGUGCUACAUUAGGAGAAUAUCCAUCAGUACGGUAUAGAAGCAACUUUGAACGUAAUGCUGAGUUAGCUCAAAUAGUACAACAAAAGUUAGAUGCUUAUAAAGCUGAUGAGCCAACAAUGGGUGAGGGGCCAGAAAAAGUGCGUUCACAAUUAAUUAUAUUAGACAGAGGAUUCGAUUGUGCAUCUCCGGUCUUGCACGAGCUUACUUUUCAAGCUAUGGCUCAUGACCUUUUGCCAAUAGAAAAUGACGUUUAUAAGUAUGAAGCCAAUGCAGGAUCUUCUCUCAUUAAGGAAGUGUUAUUGGAUGAGAAUGAUGAACUAUGGAUGGAGCAUAGACAUUACCAUAUUGCUGUGGUAUCCAAGAAAGUAACACAGAAAUUGAAGAAAUUCACAGAUUCUAAACGCAUGUCUGCUGGCGAUGAAGGAAAAUCUUCUAUGAGCAAUUUAUCUACUAUGAUUAAGAAAAUGCCUCAAUAUCAAAAAGAGUUGAGUAAAUAUUCAACCCAUUUGCAUUUGGCUGAAGAUUGCAUGAAACAUUAUCAAGGUUACGUGGACAGACUUUGUAAAGUAGAGCAAGAUCUUGCCAUGGGUACCGACACAGAAGGCGAGAAGAUCAAAGAUCAUAUGCGGUGCAUUGUGCCUAUACUAUUGGACUCAAAUGUGUCUAGCAACGACAAAAUGAGGAUAAUUAUAUUGUAUAUUUUGUCAAAGAAUGGAAUAUCAGAAGACAAUCUUAACAAAUUGAUACAACAUGCCCAACUGUCACCAAUUGAUAAGCAAACAAUUGUCAAUUUGAGUUUGCUCGGUAUCAAUUCUAUUGUGGAUGGUAACAGAAAAAAACAGUAUCAAAUACCACGUAAAGAGCGCGCCUCUGAACAGACAUAUCAGAUGUCUCGUUGGACACCAGUGAUUAAAGAUUUAAUGGAAGAUUGUAUUGAAGACAAAUUGGAUGCUAAACAUUUUCCUUUUCUUGCAGGCAGAGCUGCUUCAUCUGGAUACCAUGCACCAUCUAGUGCACGGUAUGGACACUGGCAUAAGGAUAAAGGCAAAGGACAACAGCUUAUAAAAAAUGUCCCAAGAGUAAUAAUUUUUGUGAUUGGAGGAAUCAGUUUUUCUGAGAUGAGGUGUGCGUAUGAAGUAACUAGUAAUUUCAAAAACUGGGAAGUCAUUAUAGGUUCAUCUCACAUACUGACUCCAGAAGACUUCAUCAACAACUUAUCAGCUUUAAGUCAAUAAAUCUAGUUAAAUUCAUAUUUUUUAAGUAUUUAAUAUUAUUUCAUGUGUAAACUUAAAAUCAUGAACUCUGUAAACAAAAUUAAAAUUUUAUACAGAAAAAUACUCAGUAUUAUGGGAUUCAAAUAAUUACACAUUCUUCAUCAAAUUUUUAACAUUUAUCAUUACAAAUAAAUAAAUAAAUGUUAUGAUUUAUAAAAAAUCUUACUCUAAUAUUUAUUAUCAUCAGGGUUUGUGAGUGCAUGCAUUUGAAUAUCAAUCUUGCCAAGUUGUAAUUAAUGUUAGGUGACAUAUAAAUAUAUUUUGAGGUCCCGUGGUUGAGUAUGUGAAGUUUUAUUUUUGCAUAUUGAGAGGUUUUUUUUACUAUUUGUCAUAUUUUUUC